GACCAGCAGGCUUCGCACGGUGAGGAUUCCAGCGACGGGCUUUGCAGCAGUCAGCAAUUGCCUGUGAUCGAGGCCGGGCCACGCUUGCUUGCCCGCCACCGCUCGGAACAAGAGCUGCAGCGCUUGCACCCCAAGCAGUACCCCCAGCAGCAGCAACACGCAAACGCAGAGCGGAGCCGGCGGUGCCAUGCCACCAGCAGUAGCAGCGGCUGCAGCAGCGGUGCCGCCGGCUGCGGCUGCUACAGCCCCCCACGCGGCUGGCGCUGGUGACGGCGGCGCGGAAUGCGCCGGCGGCAAUCUCGUCGGCAGUAGCAGCGCCGCCGGCAUCAAGGACAGCAAUGGAGGCGGCAGUAGCAGGGCCUUCCAGGGCGGCGGUAGCGGCAGCGGCAGCAGCAGCAGUAGCGGCAGUAGCAGCAGCAGUAGCGGCAGUAGCAGCAGCAGUAGCGGCAGUAGCAGCAGCAGUAGCGGCAGUAGCAGUAGGCGCUGGUUAGCGGUGCGGCAGGCGGCGGCCCUGACACGCAAGAACACUUUGAUGAGGCUGCGCCAGCCGGGGCUGCUGGUGGGGCAACUGCUCACAGGUGUGGCCAUGGUGGGUGUGGUGUGGCUUGUGGACGCGGCCAUCCGCUACAGCGACUCGGGCUUCGGCGGUCGCGGUGAGGAACGCAGUCCCGGCGCCGUGGCGGUGGGGCCGGUGCCGCUGUGCUCCGCCAGCCCCUUCCUCAAGUUCGGCUCCCCAUGCUACACGCUGCUCUACUCCCCCGCCGGGGACCCCUGGGUCGAGGCGCUGGUGGCUGGGGUCAUGGCCGCCAACAGCCCGCCCAUACCGCCAGGCCAGGUGGCGGGCUUCGCCAACGCCAGCCAGGUUGACGCCUACCUGUGGGACCACCCGCAGACGGUGUUGGCGGCUCUGCACUUCCGCCGCCGCCCCGGCAUGCCGGUGCCGCCGCCGCCGCCGCCGCCUCCCUACCCGAUAACGCCAGCCGCCAACGCCACCGCAGCCGCAGCCGCACUGCUGGACGAUGCCGACCCGCUGGCCAAGCCCAGGGAGCUGGCCAUGGUGAUCCAGACGAAUGCCAGCGGUGUUUUCUUCAAGGGCAAGUUCCAGGACCCAAACACCUACAUAGCGCUGCCGCUUCAGGUGGCGGUUGAGGCGCAGAUGGCGCGAAUGGCGGUGGCAGACCCCUCCCUGCCCUGGCGCGUGUCGCUCUCCAACUUCCCGCACCCCUCGCUCGCCACCGCCUCCGCCGUGGGUCGCUUCGCGCCCACGUUCCUGCUGGCGGCCGUGAUCGUCAACAUGGUGGUGCUGCUGACAGCCAUGGUGGAGGAGCGCGAGAGUGGCACGCGCGGCGCUCUCACAGCCAUGGGGCUGCGCGACUCGGCGCACUGGGUGAGCUGGGUGGUGCCGGAGCUGGCGCUGACGGCCGCCCACGCGGGGGCGAUGCUGGCGGCCCUGCACGUCAUGCGCUUCGCCCUCGCCACCCGCAACAGCGCGGCACUCAUCUUCCUGCUGCUGUGGGGCAGCGAGCUGGCCCUGUGCUCUGUGGCGCUGCUGCUGUCGGCGCUGCUGCGGCGCUCCAGCUCGGCAGUGCCGGCGGGCUUCGCGGCGUACGUGGUGUGCUGGGCGCUGCAGCUGGUGGUGCAGUUUGGCUUCCCGUACAAGCCGAGUGUGGCCCCGGUGUGGGUGGGCAUAUUCUCCUGCCUGCCCCCCUGCGUGCUCACCAAGGGACUGCACGACCUAGCCACAGCCACCCUGGGCGACGGCACGGGCGGCAUCUCCUGGGCCAACCGCAACAGCUACUGCCUCGUUGACGCGCCGCCGCCCGCUGCUACAGCCGCUACGGCCAACGCUCCAGCCGCCAACGCCGCGCCGGCCUACUGGCAGAGCGACUGCGUGCUGCCCCUGGGGCAGUGCAUCUGGGUCCUGCCGCUGCAGGCCCUGGGGUUCACAGCCAUUGCCGUGUACCUCGACCAGGUCCUGCCCCGGGAGGAGGGCCUCAGCGGCCAGCCGCCCUGGGCGCCGCUGCUGCGCCUGCUGCGCGGCGGGGCCGGCCUGGCGGCUGCGGCUGUAGCACACCUGGCGCGGCCGCUGCGGCGCUACUGCCAGUGGGCCGCCGGCGCCCUGCCGGGUGUGCCGCGGCGGCCCUCGCCACACCGCCACCGCCACACGAACCGGGUGAGGAGUGUGCAACGCGCCGCCGCCGCCCUGGCGGCAGCACAGGCCGACAGCGAGGCCGCGGCGGCAGUAGCACAUGCCAAGACCGGCAGUAGCCCUGGCACUGCAAGUCCGUCGUCCGCGUCGUCCGCGUCAUUCGGCAACGCCACAGCCGCGGCCGCCGCCGCCGCCGCUCCCAGUGCCGCCCCCGGUUCCGCCGCCGCUCCUGCCACCAACCCGCAAAGCAACAGCAGCUCGUCUGCCGGCGAGAUCCAUGCCGGUACACCGCCUGCUGCAGCCGCCGCCGCCGCCGCCGCCACUGCUACAGCUGCCUUGUCGCCGGCCGCCCUCACGCCGCCGCCGCCGACGGCGCCACUGAUGGAAGGGGACCCCGGUGUGGGCGCGGAGGCGGCGGCGGUGCAGGCGCUGUGCCGGCGCUACGUGGCGGAGGUGGAGGAGUGGCAGCAGCUGUCCGCAACAGAGGGGGAGUUGGUUGGAUGGGAGGAGGUUGGAGCAAUAGCGGGAGAGGUUGGGCAUUGGGAGGGGCAGCAGCAGGGUGUGGGUGAGAAGCUGGCGGCAGUAGCAGCAGGAGGCAACAGAGGUGGCGGUGAGGCAGUAGCAACAGCAGCUACCAAGGGCGGCGCCAUCACGCUGUCAGUGGCAGACCCUACAGCCGCUGCUACAGCCGCCGCCGCCGCUGCUACUGCUGCUACCGCUCCGGCGGCUGUAGCGCUCCUGCCGUCCGACGACGACGACGUGGCUAUUACUAAGGCGCCGCCGCCGCCGCCGUCAGCUGCCGUACCCUGGUGGCGGCGGUUGGUGCCAACGGUACUACUGCGCCGUCGGCCGCCCGCCGCCAACGGCUGUAGCAACCACGGCAAUGUCAACGACGCUGGUUACGGAGUCAGCGGCAGUAGCAAGCGUGGUGGCGGCGGCGGCGGCAGCAAAGCCAGCUACGGUGUGCUACCCGUCGGGGACACAUUCGCUGCUACUGCCGCCGCCAAUCCAGCCUUCGCUCAGAUGCCGCCGGCGGCGGGUGCGGCGCGGGAGGUCCUUGCGCAGGACUGGCGGCAGGGCGUGGUGCUGUUUGGGUUGCGGAAGGAGUACGGCCGCGGCAGUGGCGGCGGCAGUGGCAGCGGCGGCGGCGGCAUGUUGAGGUGGCUUGCGGCGAUUGGCGGGCGCGUGUGGCGGCUGCUGCUGGGGGUGUGCGUGGCGAGGAAGCAGGUCCCGAGCGCGGCGGCGGCGGCGGCAGACAUGGCGGCGGCGGCGACCGGUGGUGGCGGUGUGGGGGAUGGCACAGCCGCCGGCGGUGCUACCGGGAAGGACAGCAACAGCAAGGCCGGCGGCGGCGGCGGCGGCGGCGGCAAGGCGGCGGGGCGGCAUGUGGCCGUGCACGGCACGUGGCUUCACAUCGUGCCGGGGGAGUGCUUCUGCCUUCUGGGCCCCAACGGCGCCGGCAAGACCACCACCAUCAAGUGCCUAAUUGGGGCCCUGCGCCCCACUUCCGGCGAAGCGCUGGUUUGUGGCCACAGUGUCUGCGGCGACGGCGGCGGCGGCACCGCCGCCACCACCACCACCGCCUCCAGCCGCUUCACGGCUACUGCUACCGCCAGUGCCGCUGACACCAUCACCACGCCUGCAGCUACUGCCGCCGGCCCUGGCCCUCGCCCUCACCUCCUCAGCUCCCGCCGCGCCCUCCCGCCCUCCCUGCUGCCCCCCCUGCUGCCCCCCGUGCCGCCGCCUGACGGCGGACUGGACGCGGCCCGGGCGGUGACGGGUGUGUGCCCGCAGUUCGACGUGCUGUGGGGCUGUCUCACGGGCCGAGAACACCUGCAGGUGAUGGCUGACGUGCGCGGGCUGCCCGCGGCGCGGCGGGCGGCGGAGGUGGACCAGCUGCUGCGACAGGUGCGGCUGGACGCCGCCGCCGACCGGGCCGCGGGCGGCUACAGCGGCGGCAUGCGGCGGCGGCUGAGUGUGGCGGCGGCGCUGCUGGGCGGCCCGGCGGUGGUGUACCUGGACGAGCCCACCAGCGGCAUGGACCCCGUGUCCAGGAGCCACGUGUGGGAGCUCAUCUCCGCCUCCAAGGUGGGGCGCUGCCUGGUGCUCACCACACACAGCAUGGAGGAGGCCGAGGUGCUGGGCGACCGCAUCGCCAUACUGGCCGCAGGCCGGCUGCGCUGCCUGGGCCCCAGUCUGACACUGCGGCGGCGCUACGGCGGCGGCUACCGCGUGUCCGUGGGCCUCAAGCAGCUGCAGGGCCAGCAGGGGCAGCAGGGACCGCCCACAUCGCCCACACCGUCACAGCAGCUUGAUGGCGCAUACGAGGAGGUACCUUCGCCGCUUCCACUUGCUGGCGGUGGUGGUGGUGGUGCUGCUGGUAGGGGUGACAGCCACGGCGACGCCGCUUCUGGCACUGGCGUCGCAGCUGCUGGCGGCGGCCGGAGUGAGGGCAGUGGCAACGCGGCGAGUGGCGCCCCCGAGGCAGCAGCAUCAGCCUUCGGACCCGCAGGCGCCCACACCAACACCAGCUCCAGCGACGGCGGCAGUAGCACCAGCAGCCGCAGCUCCAGCCGCAGUAGCAGCCGCGGUGGCAGUAGCAGCACCGGCGGCAGUAGCAGCACCGGCGCUGCGGAGUCGGUGGAGGCGGCGGUGCAGGGGCUGCAGCAGCUGGUGGCGGGCUGCUUGGGUCUGGAGCUGCCGCCGGCAGUAGCAGCAGGCGUGGCUGCAGCGGCGGGGGCUGUAGCAGCUUCAGCCAAAGGACAUGGGGGCGCGUACCUGCAGAUGGAGAGGGGGCGCAGCCACCUACACUUCCAGGUGCCCAAGGGCUGCGAGAGCCGCCUGCCACACCUGUUCAGGGCGCUGGAGGCGGACGCGGCGGCGCUGGGUGUGGUGGACCUGCAGGUGAAGCUGUCCACCCUGGAGGAUGUGUACCUGGAGGUCAUCCGCCAGUCCAAUGCCGCGAACUGAGGGGACAGCGUGCUCGACGAGGGCGGGGGGGGGGGGUGCGGGAGGUGUUGCGCCGCGUGCCGACGAGCACAC